AGGAUCAAAACUAAAAGUUCCUGAGCUGAGUAUAAAUGGCAUACAGCAUGUUGUUCAAGCCGGCCAGACUUUAAAUCUCACCUGCAGGGGGGAAAUGGUUCAUUCAUGGUCUUUGCCUGAAACUCUUAGCAAGGAUAGCGAAAGGCUGAAAGUAAUUAAAUAUGCCUGUGGAAGGAAUGGGAAGCAGUCCUGCAGCAGUCUGACCUUGAGCAGAACUCAAGCAAGUGACACUGGAAAUUAUAGCUGCAAAUACCCAACAAGUCCAGCAAAAAAGAAGAAGGAAUCUACAGUCUAUGUAUUUAUUAAUGAUACAAGCAAUCCAUUUGUAGAGAUGCACAGUGAUAUACCUAAAAUAAUAAACAUGGAUGUAGGAAGAGAAAUGAUCAUUCCAUGCAGAGUCACAGCACCAAACACUGCCGUUACUUUAAAUAAGAUUCCACGAGAAACCCUAAUUCCUGAUGGCAAGACACUAAUCUGGGACAGCAUGCAAGGCUUCAGAAUACCUAAGGCAACUUACAAAUUCAUCGGGCUCCUGAGCUGCGAGACAACCGUCGGUGGGCACACCUACAGCACCAAGUACCUAACGCACAGAGAAACCAACACAAUUUUUGAUGUUCAGUUAAGCACCCCCCGUCUUGUCAAGCUGCUGAAGGGAGACAGCCUAGCAAUUAACUGCACUGUCACUGCAGCCUGGAACACCAGAGUGCAGAUGACAUGGACUUACCCUGGAGAGACAAGGAAAAGAGGUUCUGUAAUGCAGCGUAUUGACCAGAAGAAUUCAGAGGCCAACAUUUUUUACAGCAUCCUCGUUGUCGACAGAGUGCGGGAUAUCGAUAAAGGCCAGUACACCUGCCACGUGAAGAGCGGGCCGUCGAUCAAGGCCGUCAACACGACAGUCAUUGUUUAUGAUAAAAUGUUCAUUAAUUUGAAACGUCGAAGAAAAACUGCGCUGGAGGCUGUAGCUGGAAGAAAAUCCUAUCGUUUGUCAAUGAAAGUGAAGGCAUUUCCCUCUCCAGAGGUUAUAUGGUUAAAAGAUGGGCUACCUGCCGCUGAAAAAUGUGCCCGGUAUAUUGUUAAAGACUAUUCAUUAGUCAUCAAGGAUGUUGCUGAGGAGGAUGCUGGAAACUACACCAUAAUAUUGAGCAUUCGACAGUGGAACCUGUCGAAGAAUCUUACAGUCACUCUUACGGUAAAUGUGAAACCACAGAUAUACGAAAAGGCCGUGUCAUCAUUCCCUGAACCUAAUCUGCAUUUACUAGGCAGCAAACAAGUGCUGACAUGCACUGUGUAUGGUAUUCCUCCACCUAAAAUUACAUGGAUGUGGUAUCCCUGUAAACAAAACCAUUCUAAAACAAGGCACGGAUUUUGCUUUUAUACUGAAGGAUCUUUCAUCCUGAAAGCUGGCAGCAACAUAGGAAACAGGAUCCAGAGCAUCACUGAGAGAACGGCUGUAAUAGAGGGCAAAAAUAAGACUGCUAGCACUCUUGUUGUAGCUGAAGCCAAAUCCUCAGGAAUCUACAGCUGUGUGGCAUCCAAUAAAGUGGGAAAAUCUGAAAGAAAUGUCAGUUUUAUUGUAACAGAUGUACCAAGCGGAUUCCAUAUUAGUUUGGAAAAAAUGCCCAUUGAAGGAGAGAAUUUGGUAUUGUCCUGUUCGGCCAACAAAUUCCUGUACAAAGACAUUGCUUGGAUUUUACCUAGGACAGUCAACAAUCAGACGAAAGCAAGGAAAUCUCACAACAGGGAGUACUCCAUCACCCUCACUCUGACCAUCAAAAACGUUUCCCUGGCGCACUCAGGCACCUAUGCCUGCCGAGCAAGGAACAUAUACACGGGGAAAGAAGUGCUUCAAAAGAAAGACGUUACAAUCAGAGCUCAAGAGGCACCAGCCCUGCUGCGGCAGCUUACGGAUCAGACAGUGAACGCCAGUAACUCUGCCAUGUUGGAGUGCCAGGUUCGUGGUAUUCCUGAGCCCCAGAUAUCCUGGUUUAAAAACCAUGAGGAAAUACAGCAAGAACCAGGAAUAAUUUUAGGGCCCGGAAGCCGAAUGCUGGUUAUUGAAAGAGUGAAAGAGGAGGAUGAAGGACUUUACCAGUGUAUAGCCACCAACCUGAAAGGGUCCGUGGAGAGUGCGGCGUAUGUCACAGUACAAGGCAUACCGGAGAGGUCAAACCUGGAGCUGAUAACUCUGACCUGUACCUGUGUGGCUGCGACGCUCUUCUGGCUCCUGUUGACCCUCUUCAUUCGCAAGCUGAGGAGGCCUCGUCCCUCUGAAAUGAAGACCAACCAUUACCUGUCAAUCAUAAUGGAUCCUGAUGAAGUCCCCUUAGAUGAGCAAUGUGAACGCCUCCCUUACGAUGCCAGCAAGUGGGAAAUUGCAAGAGAAAGGCUAAAACUAGGAAAGUCUCUUGGACAUGGAGCUUUUGGAAAGGUGGUACAAGCAUCUGCCUUUGGAAUUAGAAAAUCACCAACAUGCAGAAUAGUUGCUGUGAAAAUGCUGAAAGAAGGGGCCACAGCAAGUGAGUACAAAGCACUGAUGACUGAGCUGAAAAUCCUAAUCCACAUUGGUCAUCAUCUCAACAUUGUGAAUUUGUUGGGAGCUUGCACAAAAAAUGGAGGGCCUCUGAUGGUGAUUGUUGAAUACUGCAAGUAUGGGAAUUUAUCAAACUAUCUGAAGAGCAAAAGGAAUCUUUUCUGCCCUAACAAGGACUCCUCUCUGCAGGGAGAGCCAAUGAAAGAGAAAAAGGAUAUCGAGCCAGUGGAAAGCAAAAAACAAAGGCUGGCCAGUGUCACCAGCAGCGAGAGCUUGGCGAGCUCUGGGUUCCAGGAAGAUAAAAGUCUGAGUGAUGUGGAGGAGGACGAGGAGGAUGCUGAUGACCUGUACAAGUUGCCCCUCACUAUGGAGGACCUGAUCUCUUACAGCUUUCAGGUGGCCAGAGGCAUGGAAUUCCUCUCCUCCAGAAAGUGCAUUCAUCGUGACCUGGCAGCCAGAAACAUCCUUUUAUCUGAGAACAAUGUUGUGAAGAUCUGUGAUUUUGGCCUUGCAAGAGAUAUUUAUAAGAAUCCUGAUUAUGUGAGAAAAGGAGACGCUCGACUUCCUCUCAAGUGGAUGGCUCCUGAAUCCAUAUUUGAUAAAAUCUACAAUACAAAAAGCGACGUCUGGUCCUACGGGGUCUUGCUGUGGGAGAUAUUUUCCUUGGGUGCCUCUCCUUACCCCGGAGUCCAAAUAGACGAAGAUUUCUGCAGCAGGCUGAAGGAAGGCACAAGAAUGCGAGCCCCCGAGCAAGCGACCGAGGAGAUGUAA